AGCGCGGAGACCAGCCGCCCCGGCCUAGUCCUCCAGAGCCACAAGUCGGCCGGGCGGAGAGCGCGGCUUCCCUCAGCGCAGCGGGCGGAGGCGGCGGCGGUGUUUGCGCUGCUCCCCGGCGGGCGGGGGCCUCCGGCGGGGCCGGCCGGCUUCGGCGAGGCGCCCCCGCCGCCCUCGAGGCCGAGCCGCAAGCGCAGGGCGGGCGGGCAAGGCAGGCCGCGGCCGGCGGGCCCCGGAGAUGCGGCCAGGAUGUCUGUGUCAGGGCUGAAGGCCGAGCUGAAGCUGCUCGAGUCCAUCUUCGACAAGGACCACGAGCGCUUCCGCAUCGUCUCCUGGAAGCUCGACGAGCUCCACUGCCAGUUCGUGCUGCUCCCCGCCGUCCCGCCGCCGCCGCCGGCCCCGACCGCCCCCGCCGCCAGCCCCGCCAGCGCCGGGGGAGGCAGCCUCCCCACGCCGCCGCCGCCGCCGCUCACCAUCCACUGCAACAUCACGGUGGGUGCCGCCGCCGCCGCCGCCGCGCCUCGGGGGGCAGGGGGAGCCGCGGGAGGCCUCAUAGCCUGCGGGCGGGGACCGAGGGGGUUGCCCAGCUUUCCUUUGCCUUUCUCCCUCCCCCCCGACCCGGGUCUCCCCUUCCUCAUCCUCACAACCGCCCUGCGCUGUAGGGUAGGCCGAGGGGGGGCUGGGCUGCCACGGAGCUUCAUGCCCGUCUGGAGGGGAGGGAGAGUUCCUCUGGAGCAAUUGCUCCGGGGCAGUUAAGGAGGGUCAGGAGCACCUUGGAGGGAAGAGGGGCUCUGGCUGCCUCCCCGCUGCCCCCCAGGAGUGUGAGAAACAGGGUGCUGUGCAAGGGGUGAAGGCAGCCCAGGAUUGAGGGCUGGGGCUUCCUUACUUUCUCUGUUCUCUUUUUGCAUUUAUAUCCCAACCUGUUCCUGCCAAGGAGCACAAGGCGGGGUACCUGGUUCUCCCCGGUGCAACAACCCUGUGCCCGGAUUAGAGGGCAGAGGCAGGGCUUGGCCCAAGGGUCACCAAGUGAGAUUUGAACGCUGGUCUCUCCCACGACACUGCACUGGCUCUCUCACCGGUUUGCCCAAAUUUUCAGGAGAGGGGUAAUUCUCCAGGAUGUGGGGUAAGGAGGACCCAGGGCUGGUGGGUGCUGUGUCCUCAGCCCAUCUAGUGAGUAAGCAGGAGCCUUGCUAGAAGGGGCAGGAGGUGGGGAACAGUCCAAGAAUUGAGAAAUGGGGUUGGGAGGUGGCCAUAGCCACAGGUUUGGGACAGACCCUUCAAGGGACCUGGGGGAUAUUAAUUUGAGACAGGCUGGGUUUACUAUGCCAGGGAGAAAUCCUGGGAGUUGGAGAUUGGGGCUGGCCCAGGUUUGGGGCUUGUCAUUUUGGGAAAUAAGAGUUCUGCUGGGGGGGGGACACCCCACAGUGGUUUUGUUUGGCCUCCUGGAAAAGGGAGCUUUGGGGACUGGGAGUAGGAGGCAGCCCAGGAGUCAGGGUGGGGUAGAGAGCCAUGAGCUCAGAUUGUCAGGCUGAGUCACUCCAGAGUCUGGAGAAGGCCUCAAUUUCUGGGGAUUAGAAUGAGACUGGUGAUGGUCCAAACCUUUUUUGACAUAAUUUUUUAUUGAUUUUCAUACAAUUUAACAAAUUCAGUUUUCAUGCAAUAUUACCUUCGCAUUUUGAUUUCCCAUCCUCACUUCCAUGAUGUUUCUGUUCAAAUCCUUUGAGCUACUGCCUUAGAUAUAAUACAUAUUUCUAUAACAUAUAUCCUACAUUACAUUCCUUUAUUGUUCUUAUUCCUUUGCUUAUAUUUCCAGUUCUGCCUGUGAUUUCAUUUGGCUAUAAUAUUUUAUCAGAUAGUCUAAAAAUUGCCUCCACUCUUCCACAAACAUUUUAUCUCUUUGGUCUCUUAUUUUUGCCAUCUCCAUAGAGUCUAAAUCUCCUCUUUUGUUGGAACUUCUGUCCAUUUCUGCAUAUACAAUAUUCUGGUUGCAGUGGAAGUAUACAUAAAAAUUUAACCAACUUUUUUGAGACCUCUGCCCCAAUUAUUCCCAAAAGAAAUGCUUCAGGCUUUUGGGGGAUGACUGUUUUAAAGAUCUUUUUUAAUUCAUUGUGUAUCAUCUCCCAAAAGCUUGUUGUUUUUUUACAAGUCCACCACACAUAAAAAAAUAACCACUGGGACUGUUUUCAUUUCCAACAUUUACUUGAUAUAGUCUUAUACAUUUUAGCCAGUUUGUUAGGUAUUAAAUACCAUCUGUAUAUCAUUUUCAAAUAGUUUUCCUUUAAUGUGUAGCAAGCAGUAAAUUUCAUAUCUACUUUCCACAACUUUUCCCAUACAACCAUAUCAAUAUUAUGUCCCAAAUCUUUUAGCCCAGUGUAUCAUUGCAGACUUAACCAAUUUGUCUUUCGUUUCCCAUUCUAAUAACAUUUUGUACAUUUUCAAAAUCAUUUUUCCUUUACCUUUUAACAGUGUUAAUUCAGAUUCAGAUCUUUGGUCUGCAGUCAUACCUCGGCUUGAAGUUGAUUCAGGUUAAGCGUUUUCAGGUUGUGCUCCGUGGCGACCCGGAAGUAAUGGAACGCAUUACUUCUGGGUUUCGCCGCAUGUGCAGACUGUUAAAAUGACGUCACACACAUGCGCAGAAGCGGCGAAUCGUGACACGUGCAGACGCGGGUUGCGUUCACUUCAGGAUGUGAACGGGGCUCCAGAACGGAUCCCGUUCGUAUCCAGAGGUACCACUGUAUAAAGCUAUAUGUCCUAUCUUUCUUACAUAGUUCAUUUACUUGAUGAUAUUAGAGCCAUCCCAUCACUCACUUUUGGACUUCUUGUUGUUUCAACUCACAACAGUCUCCAGAAAACCUUAAUAUGUAAAACCUCUAUAUGUACCCCAUUUUGCUUCCACAUUCAAUUUCUUUUGUGCACAUGCCUCUAUUGGAGAUAACCACACUGGUGUUUUCCUUUCGAAUAAAUUUUUAUAUCGGGUUCACACACUACUUGCGAUUUAAAAAUUCUUUGUGAACCUUACCCUUCUCAUACCAUAAAUGUGCAUGCCACCCAAACCUUCUAGGUCAAAUAACCCAUUGGUGUCCAAACUUUUUUCAAAGGGGGCCAGAUUUGAUGAAGUGAAGGGCCAUGAGGGCGAACCAAAGUUGUUGGCCCCUUUUUUAAGGAUUGAAGUUGUUGAGGUUUUUUUUAAGGAAAGAAACUGCCACUGGGGCCAGAUUAAGUCAACCAGUGGGCCGGAUUAGGCCCCCGAAACGGACUUUGGACAUACCUGAAAUAACCUAUUGUUUUUCAGUACCAGCCAUUCCUUCUUCCAACUCAUACAGGCAGCUUUAUAACAUAGUUAUAAGUCUGGCAGUGAAAUUCCUCCUCUUUCUUUAGCAUCAGUUAAUAUUUUAAAUUUAAUCCUGUUUUCCUCCCCAUCCCAGACUUUAGGACCUUGCCAUUCUAGAGAAAGGGUUGGGGGAGGCAUCCUUUCUUGAGGUAGGGAAGAUUGAUAUAGGGUAGAUGAGGAGGGGUGAUUUCUUAUGUUACUCUAGGGCUUGCUUAGUUAUGAGGUGGCAGGCGGGGAGGCAGAGAGUCAUUCCUAAUGAAGCAGAGAAGAAAAGAUACCCAAGGUUCUUUUCUCUUCCUGUUUCAGUCAGAUGAGCUGGUGGCUCAUCCGUAGCUAUUGGGGGGGGGGGACUAGCCAGGUAUUAUGUCCCAGAGGGGCGCCAUUGAGGCUCCCAGCCUGUGUGUGUGUGUAUUCUAGGUGUUCCAAACUGGGUCUUUGAAGCAUGGGGUGGGUGGGUGGGUGUGCGCGUGCGCGCCUAAGAUCAAUAGUCCUUUGGUGGAGCAUACAUGGGGGCUACUCCCAGAAGAUCAGGUGGCGACAAGAGAGGCUCUGUUGAGGCUGUGUUCUUAAAUAUGAAGGGAACUACGUUACCAUCCAGAUCUCACAUGGCUACACUUGGUUUUUUGUGUGUAAAUUCUGAAACUUCAUAGUGUAAAAACUUACUACUCAGAACUUCAUUUUCUCCUUCAAAGUUGAACAGUUAUCCCUUCGUUAAUUUGUUUUUUAGAACCUUUCUUUGCUCUUCUUCGACUACGCAGUAGGCAUAUUGCCUCUCUUUCCCUCUGUUUUUCCCUUUGUUUUCUCUCUGGAAAUAUGAUUUGCAUUACUGAAGUUUUGGGAAGGGCAGUCUGAAAGGAAAUGUACUUCCCUCCUCUUCAGCCAUUCAACUUCUUUAAGUAUAGGAAUACUUGCGACAGACAGCUUUGACAAAAGAAGCCAGAAGAUUUUGUUUCUUUAAAUUGAAACAAAAGUGUUGCAGGGCGGGUGUAUCUGUGUGUGAGAGAGAGCAGAAUGUGGGCAAAGUGCUCCUCCCUGAUUAGUUGGAAGUUAGAUUGAGUAAUUUCUCUCCACCCAUGAUAGGUGGAAGCCCAGAGAGAACAAGGAGUGUGCCCAUAUUGUUGAAUGUGUGACCUGCUUUUAAAACAAGGCAUGAGCUGAGUAACUUGCCUUUCCACCAGCUGAGGAGGUACUAGCUUGAAAGCAAGUCAGGAAUUCUCUGUUUGGAGUAAAAAGGUAAAAGGUAAGGGAUCCCUGGACGAUUAAGUCCAGUCAAAGGUGACUGUGGGGUGCGGCGCUCAUCUCGCUUUCAGGCUGAGGGAGCCAGUGUUUGUCCACAGGCAACUUUCCGGGUCAUGACUAAACUGCUUCUGGUGCAACGGGACACUGUGAGGGAAGCCAGAGCACAUAGAAACGCCAUUUAUCUUCCUGCCACAGCAGUGUAGUGAUACCUCAGUUUUCGAAUGUCUUGGAAGUCGAACGUUUUGGUUUUUGAACAUCUUGGAAGUCGAACGUUUCGGUUUUCGAACACCAAAAACCCAGACGUAACUCGGUCCCAGGAUGGCUGAAGAAAGCAGGACUUGAGAUCACUUAAGGAAAAAAACCCAAUUGAAGAGAGGUGGGCAAGGUAGAAGGCUAGAGUUGCCCCCUGGCCAGACUUCUCUGCCAUUAAACCCACACUCUGCUACUGGUUCUGUCUCUCCUCUGAGAAACUACAUGUGUUGAAUUUCUGCUUCCUAUUCAGCAUUUAAAGGUGUAGGAGCCCUACUAGAAAGAAAUGGGUAGCAACCCAAUGUAGGACCAUGAAGGGCUGUGAGCUGGGAACAUUUUCCUUAAUGUUUAUAGAUUUAGAGCCCACCUUUUUAAAAGACAACUUUCUCAUAAGGAAAGCACACAGAUAUAUCACUCAGACUGUUAUGUCGUAUAACUAUAUAUACACACACAUACAUACAUAAAAAUAUAAAGCAGAGCACUAAAAUUAAAAGUUCUAAUGAACAUGCAGGCAAUGAAACACAUUAAAAUAAAAUCAGCCGCAACAGAACCUUAGAAUUAUAAUGCAACCACAAUAAAACAGCAUCACAGAUUGCAGGUCCAAUUAAAAUAGUCACAAAAAGGCCACAGUAAACAAAUAAGUUUUCAAGGUCCAUUUGAAGCAAUGGAGCCUGUCUGAUCACGCUUGGGGAAAAAGUUAUUUAGAUACAGCAUGCAAAUUUACUACUUUUGUAAUAUGACAUAAAUUUAAAACGUGAUUCCCCCCCACCCUGUUGAAUCUCCCUCUUUUCUCAGUUUCAGUUUGUUUGGUCUAUAUACUAAGCAUCAAAGGUGAGUUAAGAGCAGAGGUGCACAAGUUUGAAACCAUCAAAAGAUUUAUUAGCCAAAAACUAACACUAGAGUUACAGGAUUUGAUAAACUCUUGUGGGAGUGGUAGGUACCUGUUGAUGGGAGCCACGAGUGCAGCCUACUGAGUCCUGAAUUGCCACACACCAUCGUAGUUCCCACCCCUUUGGAAGUUUUCUUCUCCCACAAGGCAAAUGUCAUAUGGUUCCUAUUGUGUACAUAUUGUUGUACGCUGCUUUGAUAGUUUAUAUGAAGGCAGUAUAUAAAUGUUAUUAUAAAUAAAUUUAAAUUAAUGUUGGCUAACAGCUUGCCACCCCUACUGGUAAAACAGCCCUGUGACACUCAGCUGUGAAGUGGCAUAACUCUUUUUGCAGGCUUGCACGCUGGUGCCAUACCUUCCUGCAAAGCUGUAAACAUUCUAGGAAUUCAAUGCCACCGGUAAACUGGCAAAGGGUUUUGAGCCAGCAGUCCUAUGCACACUUCAAAGUAAGCCUCAGUGAAAUUGGUGGAGCUUGUUUCUGAUUAAACACAGAUAGGAUCAGGUUACAUGUUGGUUGAAAUGGCUGUGUAUGGCACUGGGCUUCCUUGAUGAGUCUUGCUUAUUUUGUGGAAGAAGAGGAGACAGUAAGUUCAUGCCAACAACUGUUCAUUUCUCUGUCCUAAAUAUGCCCAGGGUGGGAAGGAGCAGUUGUGGUGAUGCUGAUGGCUUACUUUCAUUGUGUAGGAGAAACGGAAAAGGUCCCUGCUUGCUUGCAGUGUGUUAGGACUGCAGUUUUAUAGAACUAAUGCUCAACUUGGCUCAGUGCUGUUUUAAUGUGACAUGUGAUGAAAGUGAGCUCUUUCAGAUAGGAAAAACUCAGGAUUGUUCUAUACAAACAUAGAAAUUCUAGCCAUGUCAAGCUGCUCUGCAGACUAAAUAUCAACCAUCGCUGUUGUAGGAAUGCAGAAACUCUGCUUCUCUUUGUGUAGGAGAGGAAUCCCUAUUGGAUCUUAACUGGUUGAGAUCCUUUGUUCCAGCCUUCCCCAGCCUGGUGCCCUCCAGCUGUGUUGGACUUCAGCUUCCAUCAGCCUCAGCCAAGGGAGCAAUGGAAAUCUCCAGCAUAUUUGGGAAUUUGCUAGUUACACUUCUCUUAAGUACUCAAACUGAAGAUGUUCUAGCUCCCUGCUUGGCCUUGUCAUCUUUCUUAUACAAAAAGCAAAAGGUGAACUUUUAAUAUACUGAAAUAUUAAUCUUUAAUGGAGGCAUAUCCCAAUAUUUACUCCCACAAAUCCAUAUUGUGAACAAUCCUUGAAUUGUAGUCUACCAGUGGACCACAAUGUGUGUCUGAUUUGCCCCUAAACAUAAUUGUAGAACUGGGGUGGGACAGUGUAUGAUGUCAAAUAAUAGGCAGAGGACUUGGGGACAAAUAUUAAUUGCUGGUGAAAACUGAAAUGGCAGAGAUGAGAGUAGUGGUAGCUCCCCGCCCCCUUGUUUUCCUGUUGAUCCAGGAAUGAGAGAGCUGACAAGUCAGCACGUCACUUAAAAAAAGGCUGCAGGGAACAAUGCUGUGAUACAGCUUAUUAUUAUUAUUAUUAUUUUAAAUCAUGCCUUUACUCCAAGAAACUCAGGUCGGUUCCCCCCGUUUUAUCCUUGCAACAACCCUUGGAGUGUAGGUUAGUGACUGGCGCUAGGUCAUCUAGUUAGCUUCGUGACUGGAUGGGCAUUUGAACCUGAGUCUCCCUGGUUGUGUUCCAAGACUUGUCCACUGGCUCAUGCCAGUUCUUCCAACCUGAUCCAGAAAACAGUGCAAGAAACACAUCUGAAACAUAUUGAUGAGGUAGCCAUUAUUGUUUACUACCACAAAUAUAAGUUCAGCUUCCUGAUUUAAGCAGCCAUAACCAUUUAUUUGACUUGGAUUGUGGUUCUAAACCCAUUGAACCAAAGUUGGGUUUAUUUCUGACUCGAGGGCCAAGUAAGUGUGCUGACACCAUAAACAGGUUUAUUAUGCUGAAAAGCUUUCACUGUCUGGCAGCCACACUUAACAGCCCGAAGCCCUGUGAGUCCCAUGAGGGUCUCAAGAGCGAAAGGAGUGCAGUAGUCUUGAGGUGCCUGUUGUCCCUCCCCUGCUCCCCCAAGGGGCCUGCGCACUAGAACUUGAGUGCCAUGUCAGGCACCUGCCUACUUUGGGAAAAGCUGACUUAAGCUGUUCUUGGGACUUCCUUAGCAAUGUCGGCGUGCCUUUGGUACAGAGGUGUCGUACUGUUUACAGCAAACAAGAUGUACUUUAGCUCAUGCUGCUUCAAGAGGGAAUUGUCUGUUCUGCCUGGAACUACCGUCCCUGCUACACAGAAUUGUGUUUGUAUGUGGUCCUUACGCAAUAAACAGAUGAAGGCGUUGACACACUGGAUAAUUGAAAAUGGCUGUGCCAGCUUGUCAUAGGCAGUUAGACUCAUUUUAUGCCAUGGAGUGUAAUUCUAAUGUUGUGUUCUUCUUUUCCAUGGCCAGAAAGGCAUUUUGGGGCAUAGGACUACUGGCAGCAGCUGGCCACCUGAGUGUUUACUGCCCCAGGGUGACUUGCAUCAUGAUCACAUAGCCAAAAGUUGGGGAAUUAAUCUUCUUCCUAAGAGGAGACUCCUGGAGGUAGUUUGUGUGAACCCAAAGGCUUGAUGGUUUGUAGGCAGCAUCAGUAGUACUAUGGAGCUCGGAGUUGCAGUAAUUUCCCUUCAGAGGUGUAAAGCAAUCUGUAAAAGCUGCCUUGAUUGUUUCUGCCCCUACCCCAAAAGAGAUAUUGGCAUAUUUACCUAUACCUAUAUUUACCUAUACUUGUAGGAGGGGGAGAUAUUUUCUGCAUUCUAAACCUCCUCAGUGGACUGGAGUAGGUAUUAUCAACUUGUUUCUUUGGCUGAAGCCUCCGGGCCUCCAUAGAACUGCACAGUGAAGAAAUGCAGGUAUUAAAUGCAGAGCUCUCACUCCAAAGGAAGGAGUGGGCAAUUGCUAGCUGAUAAUAAAUAUCCAUUCAUCCUGCCUCUCUUUCACAAGGGAGGGAAGCUAAAGGAGACUUACAGUGUUCACAGUCAUUUCCCAUCCAAGCACAGACCAGACUCCAUAUACCGUACCUUCUGACCAUAGUUCUAAAUUGUCAGACACCCUAAAUAGCUCCUGCUUCCUUCAACAUGUUUUAAUAAAUAGCAAGCAUCCUGAAUCAUGGCAGGAAUCUUGCAAAAUAAAAACUGGUGCCAAGCAACAUGACCCAUCUGCUUCUAACAGUGGAACUUGGUACAACCUAUGGCAAAAACUGCAUGAAUCUGUUCCCUUUUUGAAAACUGCAGACCGUCUUGACUUUCGCUAAGACCUGUGCUUCCUUUAGAGGGUCAGCAUUCAAGUAGCAGAAAUCCAGUAUUAAGGGAAACCAGGAACUCUUUGAUCUAAAGGUGUGUAGAACUGUUGGUCAUUAGGGAUGUUUGUUUUAGAAUAUGCCAGUUUUGCAGAAUAAACAUGAGCUUUUGUUAUGUCUUCAACAGGGUUUAGUUCUGAUAAACAGCAGUUCAUUUGUGACUGGGCUGUACAGGAAAAGUCUCUGUAUAGAUAUUUCCCUGCACAUAGGAAAGCAUCUAAAACUCUUCUUUCUGAUCUAUUUAUUCUUCUGUAUGGAGGAGCAUUUGAUCAUUUGGGUCCCCUAUCUGCAAUCUGAUAUAAUGUAUCGCAGAAACAGAUUUAGCACAUCCAUCUGCUGUUUGUGACAAACUUGACAGAUGUUUAUCAUACAUAUAGUAGCAAGGGAGUGGGGGAAGCAAGUUCACUAACAAAGCCAGGAGAGACCUUCUUGUGCUUGGUCAUAAUUCAUUUUCAGAUAGGAUUUUUUGAGGAUACAUAAUUAAAAUAAAAAUUUUGAGGGCCAGAAAGCAACAUUUCUGUGCACAAGAAGCUGCCCAGUAGCAGACCUAUCUAGCUUGUCUGCUGCUGCUCCCCAGAGUGUUAGACAGAGGCUGCCUUUGAAGAUUUUGCAGAUUACAAGCACUGAAAACAGUCCUGCUGACCUGGGAUUCUUUGCUCCAGUUGCCACAUCUCUCUAGAGGCAAUUGCUUUGUGUCCCAAGUGAGCAGCUAUUGGUAGAUCUUCCACUUCUAGCCGUUAAGAUACUGUAUGUUAGACAUUUACUAAGGGCCAAAUUAGACAUAAGAUGUGUGAAUGUGUUUGAUGCAUAUUCUUUAGCUGCCAGGGAGUAGGGCCUAUAGAAUCAUAGAGUUGGAAGAGACCACAAGGGCCGUCGAGUCCAACCCCCUGCCAAGCAGGCCUAGGCAGCAUUGGAGCCAGAGCGAGUGGGGUGGAUGAGUUUAAUUCUCCCUCCCUGACAAAAAGUGGCAGCUCUGAAGGUGCUGUUUGUGUGCAGUUUCAAGGGAGCAACCUUUUGUUGUUGGGACAGUGGAAAUGUUGAACUUUUCUUCCUUCUCCCCUGUGCUCCCAGUCUGUAUUCAUCACAUUCAUGUCAGUCAGGCGUUGUGUCUGGGGUUCUCACUUUGGGGGGUGCCAGUGUCCACAGACCAGCAAACAAGCCUCCAGAGUUGCAUUAUAAAUGAGGGUGAGCUGGCUUGUCUCUUGAAUGUGGUACAAAGCCAAGCUGCUUUGGGGUUUUUUAAAAGCAAACAAAUCUUAUUUUAGGUUUGCAUUGAUUCUUUUCUUUUAGCAUUAGGCCUGACAUCUCAUUUAAGAAGAGUGUGUGUAUGUCUGAGAUGACAUACUUUUCUGAUUGGAAUUAGGGUUGUUUUUGAGUUCCUUCGAGAUAGGUUAGUCCCAUAUCUUUUUAGCCACGCUUAACCUGUUCAGUUUUUAUAUAAUUACUUACUGGAGUAAUUAGUGGCUCAAGUAUGGAUUCUCCUCCAACAAAUUCUGUUUCUCCAGUGAAGGUUUAUGUAUGGAGAGUAUUAAUUAGCAUUGGGGAGGGUGAGGAAAGAACAAGAGGGAGCUAAUUAUGCCUGAAAGCUUCAUCUGAAAUGGAAAGAAGUGUUAUAUUAAUUAUUCCUAUAAGAAAUUUGCUGCCGUGAAAGUAGCCACAUUCUGUGUUACCUUAGAAAAACCCUGUUAGGCUGAGGGGACCGUGUUUGGCCCAAGGCCCUUUGGGGAGCUUCAUGGCUAUCCAGUGAUUUUAAUCUGUUUCCAGCAUCCAAACCUUUCACCAGCCCUGCCCUGCUCUGCUCUGCUCUGGGAUUCCUCAUGCAUUUAUUAGUGCCAUUUCUGAGCAUAGGCUUGUAAAUAACCACUCUGCUUGGGAUGGGAUGAGACCUUGGAGGAGGAGCUCCAGUUGGAAUGCGUAGUCUCAUUUCAAGUUGGAGUCAGCCCCCUUCAAGCUGGAUCUGGGAUUCAUCUCUAUCUCUGCUGCUGCUCCGCUUUCUUUUACAGACCCUCCCCUCCCCUGCUGGAGGGAAAAGGCUUCACCUUGGGGAAGUAGGCAAGAAGCAGUAGAGGGCUCACUUUGACACAGUUCUGAGUAUUGUACCAGCCAGACGACAAGGAGUGAAGCAGGCACAAUUUUCACUUUUGCUCAUUCUCACUAAACCAUAGUUUGACUUAGCUUUAUGUGCAAACUGAGCUGGAGGCAAGGCCUGUGUGGUACAGUGGUUAACAAUAUCAAACUAGGUUGAAAUCCUCACUCUGUUCUGAAGCUCACUGGGUUACCUCAGGCCAGCUUACUUCACAAAAUUGUUGUGAGGCUAAAAUUAGGAAGGGGAAUGUGUUCACAGUUCUUAUCUCUUUGGCGGGGAUAACGAUGCAUGGAGCACCCAUUUUCGGCUAGGACAAUGGGGCUCCUGGUGUUCACUGGUAUGCUCAAAAAGCCAAUGGAGGAGUUGCACAUCUCAAAUUGGCCAGAUGCAAACUGCUUCCUGCUGACUAGCAGGAACACUUACCUUCUGAUUUUGGCGACAAAUUACUACGAUAUGUAGGCAGGCAAUUUUCCACACACACCCUUUGGCUAGUGGCUCAUGUGAGCAUAAUUUGCACAACUGUCUUAGUGACCCUUUCCUAGAAGAAAGCGGUUGUACCCUCAGAAAAAGAAGGAAAAGUUGAGAUGGCGGUUGAAGAAGUUGGUGUUUUUUCUUUUCAGGCAAUUAGUUAAAUCUUCAUAGCCAAGUGUGCUCCCUGCUUUGGAAAACAGUUGCCCACUCUACAUAAUUGACUUUCUGUGUCUGUCUGGAGUUGAGAUGGGGAGCUGCAGAGGUCUGCUUUAUUGGUUUUUAAAAAAGCAUUCUUUCUCUCACCUUGAUAAUGGGACAUACUUUAUAUUUUAACAAGUGCAGUUCUCCAGAAGCUUUGAAAUAUGAAUGUGUAGUUCAGGCAUAAUACUUACUUACUUACUUACUUACUUACUUACUUAUUUAAAGCAGGAGUCUUAUCCCUCUUCAUCGCCAAUAUGGUUCGUGGACUCAGAUGACCCCAACUUGACUUCAGUAUUGGAGCGUUUAGAUGAUAUUAAAAAGAGCAAUACUCUGGUAAGUGAUCACCUGUCCUCCUUUGCUUAAUCUGGCAUUUGGUUAUGAACUAGGUAUUAGGUUAGAAUCCCACAGCCAUGCCAUUGUUUGGUGGUGCCUUUUUUGUUUUAAGCAAAAAUAUUGCUUGUGGUUUCACAAGUGGCACUCCUUCACCAGCUGGCCAUCUAAAAAUAUUUGAUCUAGAACAGUGUCUCUUUCAGUUUGCAGAAACCAUUUAUUCACAGCAAAGGCUCAUGCAGGGUAACUACCACAAAUGUUUUAGCAAUUGCAAAAAGCAGAAGCCAGAAAACAAGUGUGCUUUGCGUGGAGAGGGGGGCAUGUUAUAAAUAACAAAAUUGUCCAUUUGUAUGGGAGAAAGCAGGUGGGAUUUUUCAUGCUUUCCUGUCAAAAAUAAUUUCUAGAUAUUGUGACAGUACUUCUUAACACAUAGUGCCAAAACUGAAACUAGCGCUAUCCUCUUUUCUUAUCAUAGCUGGCUGUAUUAUGACUUGCAAGCAGGAGAAGAAGAGCUUCAGAUUGUGAUUCUUUCAUGCUGCUUUCUCUGACCCAGUUCCCUCCAGUUGUUGUGGGAGUGCAGCUCUCAUUGGCCCCAGCUAGCAUGACCAAUGGUUAGGGAUAAUAUGAAUUACACCCUAAAACAUGGAGGGCAUCAGGUUGGGAAAGGCUUCUUCAAGAAAUCAUAGUGGUUUCUUGUAUUUAGUUUUAAAGCCACCCUGCCUUUACACGUGACCAAAGCAGAGGGCUGAAGUCCUACUGGGCUUUCCAACGUAUGUAUUUCUACCACCAAUUCUUGAAAUCAAAUUGGGGGUGUUAACCAAGGGGCAAUUCAUAAUAUGCACUACUGGGAAAUAAUAUUUCUUCCUAGCCUAAAUUCUUGGCUUGUGGGACUGCCGUCUUCUGGAUGGGUGGUGUACACAUGCAAAGCCCAAGCCACCUUCUUGGCAGCCAUGAUUUGAUGCUACAGUCCCAAAAAUCUUAAUCAUGGGAAUUCUGGAGCAGCAGUAGGAUGGUAGAGCAUCUAUAAACAGGUGUUGCUGCUGCUUCCCUUACUUGGCUGCUUUUAGGAAGGAGACAGUUGUCCUGUUCAGGUUGUCUUCUGAUGCUUUGGAUUAGUGUUCCAGUUGAUAUCAUUUACACGUGCCUGUUGGUGAGGAUGAGAGAGAGAGAGAGAGAGAGAGAGAGAGUAAGAGUCUAAACAGAGCUGGCAGUGUGUUGGAGUUGAUCACAAGUUAUAAUAAAAAGAAGUAUAGCAAUAAUAGCAUUCCAGAAAUAAGGUUACAACUGGAAAAUCUAUUAAAUGAUAUUUAGUAUUUAUUGGCAAACUCCUUCAUGAUUUAAUUUUGUUCCAACACAUCAAGAAGGCUCUCCAGCUGCUCAUGAGCAUAGAUUCUGUUUUUCUGGAGUCUCUUGUAAUGAGCAAUGUUUACCAUUCUCAGGGUUUGCCAGCACUGUGAAGCCACUUAAGCUGAAAACAUUUGAGACACAUCCUGCUUCAUAGUAUCCUGAAUUGUCUAUAGAUCCACAGCAACGUAGUAGUACCAAAUGUUACUCUCGCUCUUACUCUGCACUACCGGAGUUUAAACACUUUUGGUUAAACAUUUUCCAGUCUGUAACUGCUUCAUACUGCAUCUUAAAUCUGAACUGUGGACUAUUGAUAAGUGUAACAUGUUUUAGACCAAUGCACACAGAAUUGUGUAGGACAUUAAUGCUGAUGUGUAGAUGUGACAUCAGAGUUCAUGUGUGCAUUGCCAGGCAGGUGGGAUAGGCUGUUCUAAAAAUGAGAUGUUGGGGCAUCUGCUUAAGUUUCUUCAUGCAUAUUUUGAAUAAGAAUAGAUUACAAAAAUCAAAGGGUCUGGACUAGACUCAUUCUGUUAGGCUUUGCAGCUUCAGAUGAGUUGGAAAGAGUCCUGAUGCAGCAGCAAGCUCAUCUGGAAAGUUGUGUCUUCAGAAACAGUUCCAAGAAAGAGAACGAUAACAUUUUGGCAUUGCUAUCCCAGAUUCGGCUUGUUGGACCUGUACUAGUUCUGCCUCUUUCAAGGCUGCCUGGGAGGUAGCUGGUUCUAACUAGCAGCAAGCGACACUGUUCAUUCCUGUCCAUGAGUGCAUUAUGCUUUCUGCAUCCAACAAUUCUAUGCUUGUUUCCUAGCCUGUGGCUUCAUCUGCUGCUUAAUAGCAUCCCACAAUAGAGCCACAUUUCCUGGUUAUCUAAGGUUGCUGGGCAGGGAAGGAUGUGACCAACUUUCUACGACAUGAGUUUGUAGCUCAAACUGGGGCCUUAGCUAGUUCUGCUUCUGCAAGCCAAGCAUGUUACCUUCCCAAGCAAGUGUUGGUAGAGGCCCUGCCUUGGCCUAGAGAUCCAGAAGCUUUAAUUCUCCCUCCGCCGUCUGCCGUGCUCUGCAGACAGUUGUACCAUGGAAGUCGAAUGGAAUACGUUCUGGAAGUCCAUUUGACUUCCAAAACGUUUGAAAACCAAAUCACGGCUUCGCCAAUCGGAAGCCCCUUCAAACGUUCAGGUUCGAAAAGGACAUUCGCAAACCGGAACAAUCAUUUCUGGGUUUGCGGCGUUCAGGAGCCAAAACGUCCAAGUUUCAGUGAGUUCGACAACCAAGGUACAACUGUACUCAAAUUUAAUUAAUUUGCCUGCUAGAAUCCUAUGCUAUGGUUAAAAUCUACUGAGGGGGACUGUUUGGGUUGCAGAAGCCAGUGCCUUCUGUUGGUUGCUUAAGCAUUUAACAGUAGCUGGUCAUUAUUUCUCCACAGUAAAAAUGAGGAGUUGAAACCUGCUCACUCUUAUUUAAAAAGGAGCUUCAGGUGCUUGGGAAAACAGUGGCACUGCACGACAAAGCCAGACUUGACAUGGGGUCUUAUGGAUGCCACUAAAUCUGCCUUGUUGUUUAAUGGGCUAAUCCUAAAGAAGUCUGAAAAACCUUGAAAGUAAAUCAUACUUGAUACAGUGGGAUAGAACUAUCUAGUAAGCAUGCUUAGGGUUGCAGCUUUAACAUUCAUAAAGAAUUACACAGUAAGUGCUGUACAUUUUGCCCAAACAAAAAUCUGCAAAUCGGUCUAAUAGAUCUUUCAUUGACACUUCCACGCUGUAUGUGCCAUUCCUAAACCUGUCUUUGAAUGGAGGGGUAUUUAAAGGGAAACAGCAUUUUGCAGGCUAAAAAUAGUAUCCUAUGGGCUCUGAGCAGGGUGUCAAGAAGCAAAACACUGAUGUAUUGCCCGAGAUCCAUAGGUGGUCACAGGUGGUCAUGUUAUUCCCAGCUGUUAAUCUGUGCUACCAUAGGUGCAAAACUCAGGUUACAUGUAGCUUAUUGGGAGACAAAAUUCUGUCUGUUUUGGGCUGCUGCCAGCAAAUGGAUCCUCUCCCCUUGCCCUUACUUAACACUUGAUAAAAACUAGGAUUUGUGUGUAUGUGGUAAAAGUAAAAGCACUUAAGGCCCAGAUGAAUAGGUGCUUUGAGUGUGUGUGUGUGUGUGUGUGUGUGUGUGUGUGUGUGUGUGAAAGUGGUAAUUUUCAUAGGGCUGGAAGGAAGUGCAAUUGCCAGGCCAAGGCAGAAGGCUCUGCAGAGCAGGACACCUGAUCCGGGCAGCAAAGGGCUGGAGUAAGCAAGGUGUUCCAUUUCCAGGGUCUUGCAGGACAGGUGGGUCCGGAUGGCACAAGCCACAGAGAAAAUUUAUUCCUGGUACCAAAUAUUCUGUCAGACACCGAAUUUCUAUAAAUGUAUUUCUGUAAACAAACUAGAUGUUUGUUAGUUUUUGAAGCAUAUGCCUAAUGAGUCUGUCUGUUCCGGUGCAGUUAAGACUAGGGCUGGGUGAUGUCUGGUUUUCAACAUCAUGAUAUAUCAGCAGCUGAAUACUGAAAUAUGCUGAUAUAUCACGAUGUCCGCAAAGCCAUUGCCUUGAGUCCUACCCUCCAAAGCAGGAGAAAACAAGCAUGCUCCCUCUUCCCUAUGACAGUCCUUGAGAUAUUUGAAGAUAGCUAACAUAUCUCCUCUCUGUCUCCUGUGCGUAUGGAACUCUGAUACAUCAUGGAGAAGGGUUCGAGCGAAUCCUUGUCUCUGAUGUGCACACUUCAAUGCCCAGGGUAUGUGCUUUCAAUUGAGCAGUUCCUCCAGGUGGUGCUGGCAGGUCAAGAGGACCGUCCUGCGUGCCCUCCCAGAAUAGCUGGAGAGAUACAAGAUGGAGGCUGUUGCUUUAUUAAUCUGAGUACCAGAAAAUCUAAGACUUAACAACUUAUAGCCUUUGUAUAUUAUAGGGUUUAUUAUAGUCAUUUGUUUAAGAGGUGGGUAUCCUCUUUGUUGGGCACAGGAUUCAGGGCACAGCACGGCAAACUUUCAUUCAAAUAAAACAUGAGAACAAACCAUUCACAAGCCAUUUUACUUGUUUUGUAGCUUCUCCAACAAUUGAAACGAUUGAUAUGCGACCUCUGCAGACUAUAUAAUCUUCCUCAGCAUCCUGAUGUUGAAAUGUUAGAUCAACCAUUGCCGACCGGCCAGGUAAAUCCUAAUGUUCCUCUGACUCACAGGUGCUAAUGGGUCUGCUUGAUGUUUGGGCUGUGGGCACAGAUUGUUAAGCAUGCUGCUGACCAGACAUAGGAGUGCAACAUGGGUUAUUUUUUGUGGUGUGUAAAGGUGACUAAUUCACAAAUCAUUUCUAUGCAGAGCAAGUGGUACUCAUUGUCUUGUUAAGGAAAACAACAUUCCUCAUUGUUUGAGAUGAGUAUUGUGUUUAUCUUUGUGAUGGAACAAAGCAGGGUAGGCUUAUAAAGAACUUUUAGGUUCUGCUGCUUAGUCAGUUCCAAUGAGGGCGAAGCUUUCCUGUCUUCUUGUUCCUCCCUUACAUGUAAGAUGCUUACUCUCCUCCAGCUUUAAGAAGCUCACUGUGGCCUUCGUAGCGCUGCCUCAUUGAGAAUUUAAUCUCUCGCCACUAGACACCUCUCUGUUUCUAAUGUUUUUUCCAAAACUGAUAGUUCUUUAUCAAAGUGCAGCCAGUGUGUGCAUAUGUUUGCAUCUUUGUGUGUGCUUCUUUAUAGCUCAUAAGCUCAGUUCCUAUUUUCAGUAAUGGUGUUUAGCAUUUGUAACAUGCUUUUGAGUGUUCAAAGCAUAUCAUGUGCAUUAUCUUGUAAACCCUACGAGACGAAACCUCCCUGAAAAGUGAGUGUUGUUACUGGGAAUGGGAUGCUCAAGCUAGCAUGUGUUGUGGCCAUCUAGUGAGAUUAUAGCAGAGGUCGAAUUUAAACUGACUCAGCCUCUUGGCCGCUAGCAUACUUUUUCUUUUCUUUCUUUUUUAAACUGAAAGUGAUAGUAACAAAGAAUCUGAUUUUGUUAUGUUCCAGAAUGGAACAACGGAAGAGGUUACAUCAGAAGAAGAGGAGGAGGAAGAUAUGGGUGAAGUAUGUCUGUGUGCGCAUCUGUGCACGCACGUCUGUGCAUGCACGUGCAUGCUUUCCUUGUAGUAGUAGUAGAAGAAGAAGAAGAGGAGAGUUUGGAUUUGAUAUCCCGCCUUUCACUCCCCUUCAGGAGUCUCAAAGCGGCUAACAUUCUCCUUUCCCUUCCUCCCCCACAACAAACACUCUGUGAGGUGAGUGGGGCUGAGAGACUUCAGAGAAGUGUGACUAGCCCAAGGUCACCCAGCAGCUGCAUGUGGAGGAGCGGAGACGCGAACCUGGUUCCCCAGAUUACGAGACUACCGCUCUUAACCACUACACCACACUGGCUCUAGUAGUAGUAGUAAUAAUAAAUAAAUUUAUUAUUUAUAUCCUGCCCAUCUGGCUGGGUUUCCCCAGCCACUCUGGGCUGCUCCCAAUCAAAUAUUAAAAACACAAUACAGCAUUAAACAUUAAAAACGUCCCUAAACAGGGCUGCCUUCAGAUGUCUUUUAAAAGUAGGAUAGUUGCUUAUUUCCUUGACAACUGAUGGGAAGGUGUUCCACAGAGCAGGCGCCACUACUGAGAAGGCCCUCUGCCUGGUUCCCUGUAACCUCACUUCUCGCAGGGAGGGAACCGCCAGAAGGCCCUUGGAGCUGGACCUCAGUGUCUUUGUUAUUCUUAUUCUGGCUUCUAUCAUUCUUGGAUCUGUCUAGGGAAGGAGGAGUGGAAACCAUGGGGAAUCAAUUGAAGAUCUGCCCUCCUAAAGUUCAAUAACCCUUCUGUGUGCAAUCCUUAUCCCACCCAAACAGCAUUGUGCAUAUCUGUCUGACUGCCAGGGACCCUGCAGUAGAGCUUCCCGUCGCUCCUAUGCACUCUCCUCCCUGUGUGCAUAUUCCUGUUUGCAGCCUGAGAUAACUGGGUUCCCUUUCACCUGAUCCAAUAGUGCACAUUUAGAGCAGGGUGAGAGAAACAGCCAUGAAGUCUCAAUUGCUUUUGUAAGCAUUUUGCCAAUGAGAUACACCCGCAUUUUUGCCCUUGCUUGUGUUCUCCCCCAUCCCUGCCCUGUGUGAGAAACCCUGACUGAUGCAAAGCACUAAGGCACAUGGAUUUUGCUUUUGUUGGCCUUGUUCUUCUUAAGUAGUAUAGUAAUUUUGUCUUGUAGGAUAUUGAUCUGGAUCAUUAUGAUAUGAAGGAGGAAGAACCUGUUGAUGGAAAGAAGACAGAGGAUGAUGGCAUUGAGAAAGAGAACCUGGCAAUCCUAGAAAAAAUCCGAAAGAGUCAAAGGCAAGACCACCUAAAUGUAAGAGGCGAUUAAACAAAUAAGAGCAUGCUGUGGAAUGCAUACAGCAUUUCAUUUUCUGCACCGUUUCUUGCAGGAAUGUAUGUACUUUUAGCACACUUCCAUAAAUUUCAUAGCUAUAUUGGGAGUUAUAAUGUUACAGUCUCUCCAUUCUUUCUGUGUAUGUACUUACUCUACUUAUACAUAUAGAAAGAAUUUAAAUCACUUUACCAAAAAUGUACUGUUUUUUCUACCUUCCAACUUGUUAAAUAUUUAAAAUUAGUGUCCUAAAUGAUUGUGCCAGUUUUUCAAUAUUGAUCAUUGGUAGCCUUCUUUUAAACAGCCUUUUAAUGGCCCUGGUACUGUUCUUUUAAGAGUUUUAUCAAAUCAAGCUACCCUUAACUUAUUUUUAGGGUGCAGUCUCUGGGUCUGUCCAGGCUUCAGAUCGACUUAUGAAAGAACUCAGGGAUAUAUAUAGGUCGCAGAGUUACAAGUCAGGUAAGUAUCUGCAUCUUUUAUGAGCAAAAUCAUAACGUUCUAUUCUGAUCUGGGCUAUGAUAUGCAACAUUAAGGCUGCAAUCCUAUAUAAUGUAUGGCGGGGGGGGGGCAUUGUGGUGCCUUCUAGAUGUUUUUGCCAUGCUGACUGGGGCUGUUGGGAGUUGGAGUCCAAAACAUCUGGAGGGUGUCAGGGUGGCUACACUUGAUGUAGAGUAGACUUGCUUGUGCUGAACUAUCUGGGACAUAGCUAUGAGUAGACAUGCAUAGAUUUCCGUUGUAAAUGUGCCCAAAUCUGAAACUGAGUAAGUGGCUUGUUUUGCCUUCUUUCCUAGUGUCUGUGCUAUCAAAUUCUGAGCUAUUCUUCUGUUGCACUCAGUUCUUUUAAGAAUUUUUUUUAAUGAAAUUAUAAACGUUGUGCACUUUAUCAAAGUGUCUCAGGUGAAAUACUAAACAACCAUCAAACAGUUUGAAAUCUGUGUUAAGUAAAGAAAGCACAAAUACCCUCAAAUUUCACAGUCCUGUCCACCAGUCACAGGACUCACUCUCUGAAUCAAAAAUCAAUUGCAAAUUCCCACACAGAAAGAAAGUGUGGGAAACCCCAGCUUUUAUCUGAAGAGUGUAAUAUCUAGCCUGUCUCUGUAUUUGCUUACAAAUUGCCUGGCCUUGAAAAUGCUUUUCCUGAGAAAACCAUUCUCCUUGUCUCUUGUUAAUCAAAUCACAGUUGACCGUUUACUCUCCCAAGCUUACCAGAAAGUCAUAGAAUCAUAGAGUUGGAAGAGACCACAAGGGCCAUCGAGUCCAACCCCCUGCCAAGCAGGAAACACCAUCAGAGCACUCCUGACAUAUGGUUGUCAAGCCUCUGCUUAAAGACCUCCAAAGAAGGAGACUCCACCACACUCCUUGGCAGCAAAUUCCACUGUCGAACAGCUCUUACUGUCAGGAAGUUCUUCCUAAUGUUUAGGUGGAAUCUUCUUUCUUGUAGUUUGGAUCCAUUGCUCCGUGUCCGCUUCUCUGGAGCAGCAGAAAACAACCUUUCUCCCUCCUCUAUGUGACAUCCUUUUAUAUAUUUGAACAUGGCUAUCAUAUCACCCCUUAACCUCCUCUUCUCUAGGCUAAACAUGCCCAGCUCCCUUAGCCGUUCCUCAUAAGGCAUCGUUUCCAGGCCUUUGACCAUUUUGGUUGCCCUCCACUGGACACGUUCCAGUUUGUCAGUGUCCUUCUUGAACUGUGGUGCCCAGAACUGGACACAGUACUCCAGGUGAGGUCUGACCAGAGCAGAAUACAGUGGCACUAUUACUUCCCUUGAUCUAGAUGCUAUACUCCUAUUGAUGCAGCCCAGAAUUGCAUUGGCUUUUUAGCUGCCGCGUCACACUGUUGGCUCAUGUCAAGUUUGCGGUCAACCAAGACUCCUAGAUCCUUUUCACAUGUACUGCUCUCAAGCCAGGCGUCACCCAUCUUGUAUUUGUGCCUCUCAUUUUUUUUGCCCAAGUGCAAUACUUUACAUUCCUCCCUGUUAAAAUUCAUCUUGUUUGUUUUGGCCCAGUUCUCUAAUCUGUCAAGGUCGUUUUGAAGUGUGACCCUGUCCUCUGGGGUGUUAGCCACCCCUCCCAGUUUGGUGUCAUCUGCCAAUUUGAUCAGGAUGCCCUUGAGUCCAUCAUCCAAGUCGUUGAUAAAGAUGUUGAAUAAGACCGGGCCCAAGACAGAACCCUGUGGCACCCCACUAGUCACUCUUCUCCAGGAUGAAGAGGAACCAUUGAUGAGCACCCUUUGGGUUCGGUCAGUCAGCCAGUUACAAAUCCACUGAGUGGUAGCAUAGUCAAGACCGCAUUUUACCAGCUUCUUUACAAGAAUAUCAUGGGGCACCUUGUCAAAUGCCUUGCUGAAAUCAAGGUAGGCUACAUCCACUGCGUUCCCUUCAUCUACCAGGCUUGUAAUUCUGUCAAAAACGAGAUCAGGUUAGUCUGACAUGACUUAUUUUUCAGAAAUCCAUGCUGACUAUUGGUGAUCACAGCAUUCCUUUCUAGGUGCUCACAGACUGUUUGCUUAAUGAUCUUCUCCAGAAUCUUCCCUGGUAUUGAUGUCAGACUGACUGGGCGGUAAUUAUUUGGGUCCUCUCUUUACCCCUUUUUGAAAAUAGGGACAACAUUUGCCCUCCUCCAGUCUGCCGGGACUUCGCCUGUUCUCCAGGAAUUCUCAAACAUGACUGCCAGUGGUUCUGAGAUCACAUCUUCCAGUUCUUUUAAUACUCUUGGUGGAUGCAGUUCAUCUGGCCCUGGAGACUUGAAUACAUCUAAACUAGCCAAGUAGUCUUGCACUAUCUCCUUAGUUAUUCUGGGCUGUGUUUCCUCUGCUGAAUCAUUUGCUCCAAAUUCUUCAGGUCGGGCAUUGUUUUCUUUAUCGGAGAAGACUGAGGCAAAGAAGGCAUUGAGGAGUUCAGCCCUUUCUGUGUCCCCUGUUUGCAUUUCACCAUCUUCUCCUCUGAGUGACCCCACUGUUUCUUUGUUCUUCCUUUUGCUACGAACAUACCCAUAAAAGCCUUUUUUGUUGCUUUUAACCUCUCUAGCAAGCCUGAGUUCAUUCUGUGCUUUAGCUUUUCUGACUUUGUGUCUACACGUGCUGGCUAUUUGUUUGAAUUCCUCUUUGGUGGUUUGAAUUCCUCUUUCAAAGAGGGCUGGAGGAUCUCAAGUGCUUCAUUGGUGUGGCAUCUCAAAACCGGAAACAUGUCUAGCCCUUCAGCCUGGCACAAGGGGCAACUGAAGUAUAAAAGGGCUAUGUGAUUGGAGGAACAGACAUUCCAUGGGAAACUCAGGAUGGCGUGGAUACAUGUGCAAAGCUCCCAAGGCAGCAAAGGUUUUGGAUCACUGGAUGGUUCUCAGUAGAUUGAGAAGGGUUUUGGUUUUUUUACUCCCAGCUGUUUGACAACAGCCAGAACACAUGGUUGCUCCCUCAACCCUUCAUUCUGUUGAAAUGAAGGCAGCUUGGGAGAAACCCAGGAGUGGGUAUUUCUGUGGCAGGACUGAGUUCAUUAUCCCAGUUUAUUAUGGGACACAGGAGGCAAAUGCUGCAGUUCCUUGCGCAAUAUUUUUGCACCUGACUUUGCCCACUUGCUGUUUCUGCAUGUGAUUCUAGUUGAUGAUCCUCUUGGGAUUAUUAAAAAACAAACUGGUCGAUCCCACAAGUCUGGUUCAGGUUGAAAGGUACUCUCUCUAGUUUUCGACUUAAAUGUGUCUAGCUCUGGAAUAAAGACUAUCCAGAUGCAUUGCAUCUGCUUUUAAUAAGGCUUGCAUGGUACUUGUGCUUCCUGGGGUGUUCCUGGUUUCAUUUCAUGUCUGGGGACUUACCUAUCCGUGCUAGAAAGAACGCAUCCUUAAGACACGGCAUUCUUAAUCAGUGCCAGGGUGUUUGCUAUCUAUAGAUAUAAGCCCUUGCCACACAGUUAGCUAGUAAUCCUGAGGUCGUGUUGUGUUGUAUUUGCUCUUACGAAAGGCCCCCAUAUGAACCGGUGCACCUUGGAAUAGAAGUGGCUUGAGAGUGGAGAUUCUAUCAGCUGUGCAUUUUGACAGUAUCCAGCUGCUUCAUCUUCAGACUGCAGUCUGAGCUGAGCACCAACACUGGAGAUAACAGUGAAAUAUUCACAAAAUGGAAGGAUUCUUGUUUUUAGGGGCCUGGCCAGCCUAAUUAAAAAUACAGGAGUGCUUCUGGCGUCCCACCUCCACUAAAGUUCCCAGUUCAUUUUCCCACCUUGACCACAAAUCCGCUCUUCCCUCUAUAGCUGAGAUGGGGAACCUGUGUCCCUCCAGAUAUAGUUUGGGGCUGAUGGGAAUUGGGAGCCCAACAUCAGCUGGAGGGCCACAGAAUUCCCAUCCCUGCUCUAGAGCGCCUAGGUGAGUGUGAAAAGGUAGAUGCAAACAUUCUUGCAAGUUCAAAAGAUGGCAGCCCAGGAAGACAACCCACAAACAAGGGAGUCAUUUGCAUAGUGGACCAAUAUAUGUAUGGACUGGUGGUUCGGCUUCCUAUGCCUGCCCUUUGAAUUAAUUUGUUGUUUACUUGUUUAAAAUUUGGAUCAUUAAUAAAAAUCAUUUGGGGGGAAAAUGCCAUGCCUGUUCAAGGAGGCCUGCUGCAGUCAUUUGUUUGGGUGGGUGUGGGAUGAACCAGUGCAAUCUUACAUAGACAAAAUCCUUCAUUUCUUUAAAUAAUCUUUCAACCACUCGAUGCCUCUGCAACUCUGUUUCCUUUAAUCCUUAACCAGUUGUUAUGGGAAACUUAGUUUUACAGAAACUCCCUUCCCAAACUCUUCUCCUCGCCCCAAGUGUAAUAUUGUGUUCUGCUAAGGCCAACAGAAUCUGAGAUCAGAAAAGGCAGCUUACAACUGUAAGGCAGGAUGGCACUGGCAAGAACUGCAAGUGCUGCUCCUGAAUCAGUGCCGCCUUCUAUGCAUUUGUAACCCGUUCUUCACUAAAGGAACCUAGCAGCCCUUGCUCUGGUUAUCUCCCUCUUGGACUCCUGCAAUGUGCUCUACGUGGGGCUACCUUUGAAGGUGACCCGGAAACUUCCAGCUAAUCCAGAAUGUGGCAGCUAGACUGGUGAUGGAGCGGCUACCAAGACCACAUAACACCGGUCUUGAAAGACCUACUUUGGCUUCCAGUACGUUUCUGAGAACAAUUCAAAGUGUUGGUGCUGACCUUGAAAGCCGUAAACGCUCGGCCCAGUAUCCCUGAAGGAGUGUCUCCAGCCCGGACACUGAGGUCCAGCGCCGAGGGCCUUCUGGUGGUUCCCUCACCGUGAGAAGUGAGGUUACAGGGAACCAGGCAGAGGGCCUUCUCAGUAGUGGUGCCAGCCCUUUGGAACACCCUCCCAUCAGAUGUCUUCUAAAAGUCAGAUAGUUACUUCCUUGACAUCUGAAGGCAGCCCUGUUCAGGGAGGUUUUUAAUGUUUGAUGUUUUAUUGUGCUUUUAAUUCUGUUGGGAGCCGUCCAGAGUGGCUGGGGAAACCCAGCCAGAUGGGCGGGGUAUUAUUUAUUUAUUUAUUUAUUUAUACCCCCGCCCAUCUGGCUGGGUUUCCCCAGCCACUCUGAACAGCUCCCUGAUAUUAUUAUUAUUGCUUGAGCAGGCAGAGAGAGGCCUGCCUACUUUUCGCAACAUAAUCGCAACUGCUAAGACCCCACUUUUUAUUAUUUGUAAGUCAUUUUAAACUAACUAGGAGAUUUCCCUCUAGAGAUAGCAUCUCUCCAGGACUUUCUUCUUUAGUUGGGGCUGGCAACAUAGCCUGUUUGGCACUGGAAAGACUGCAUAAACUGGCUAAAUUUUGUAGCUUCUUCUAUUAAUACAAAUGCAGGAAAGAAACUGAAUGGGAUUUUCCUGGCCUUUUUAUUUGCUUUAUCUUCUCUUCCACAUAUUUGUGUGUGGCAUUUUGAAAGCCACAGAAUUCCCUUGUUUUAAAAAUACAUUCUUGGGGAUUUUCUAUAUGCUUAUUUGCCUGAUUCAGCAGCAGGUGCUGCCCCGGGAACCUCAGCGGAUGUGUCUGCUUGCAGAUCAGCUGGGACAGGGGUCAGCAACCCACGGCUCCAGAGCCGCAUGUGGCUCUUUUACACCUUUGCCGCGGCUCCGGGGUGGAUACUAGCGAGGGUAGGAGGCGCAUUGUGCGCCCCGACACUCCCCACUGUGGCGGGCGCUGUACUGGCUGUGACGUCGCAUGGGGGCGGUGCGUGCGUUACUCACGCACCGUCCCGACGUCACCUUCCCGCCCGCUGUCAGAUCGGAGGGCAGCGGCGCGCAUGCUUUAAAUGUCGCAAUGGUUUUGUGGCUCCCAGGUUUUUUUUCUUCGGAAACGGGUCCAAGUGGCUCUUUUUGUCUUAAAGGUUGCAGACCCCUGAGCUGGGAGAAGGCGCAGUCAUUCAAUAUGUGUGCAGUUGCUGCUGUUAGAGUGUUGCUGUUAUUAUUUUUACUGAAGGUGCAAGUAGAAUGAAUCAAUAAGCUCUUUCCCUGAGACAUUCUCUACAAGCUGUUCUUUCCUGCAGCAGGAGGUUUCCCUGGUGUGCAUUUCUGCUGCCAAAUAGAGGAGAGUUUGUGGAGGAAAGGUGGGGAAAGAGUCAUGGAAACCCUAACUUGUCGUGAAAAAGGCUGCAAGAGGUUGUCCAGGCACAUAUAAUUUAUGGUACUGUAAAUAGUGUCAAAAUAGAUGCUGUAGGUUUUCUGAAGCUAGGCACAUGUGGAGCCAGACAGUCUUGUAAUGGAGGGUAUUAGGAGCGCCAUGUAGGAGCAAGAUAUAAUUUUGCCCUCAGAUACAAAGGUAGGAUUGCUCUUAUUAGUGAAGUUCUGCUUUCAUCCAAACAGCUCUGUGCUGCUGAGGAAAAGAGAGGACCUUGCUCAUUCAGAACUCAGCAUCUCUUUGCAUUCAACCUUUGUGGAGUUCCAGAUCGCUAUCUUCGGUUUGGGUGUGGGUGUGUUUUCUAGUAACAACGGAAGCAAGCAACGCUUUUCAUUUCCAUUUUUUGCAGGGAUUUAUUCAGUGGAACUUGUAAAUGACAGCCUAUAUGACUGGCAUGUAAAACUUCUAAGGUAAGUUCACUUUUCCCCACCCCAACACUGUCCUAAAUCAGUGGUUUUGCUAUUGAUGGAUAGCUGGGUUGGUGGAUGAAGGUGCAUGAUGAUAAUAAUUUGAUGUCCGCACCUAGGAAAGGUGCUAUGUUGCAGAUUAGCAUAUUUGCUUAAGGUUAGGGUUGUCACUCUAGACUUUUUUGUAGCUCUAAUUGGCUAGGUCACUUGAUUAGCCAGUGCAUCUCUUUUAAAAAACAGACUUUUAAGUGCUUAUAAAACUGCAGAGGGCUGAUGCUCUUGCAGGAGAGGCAUUCCUUCCUGUGUAACGUAAAUCAGUCCCCAUUGUGACACAGUGUGCAGUGGUACCUUCUCAAAUUUAAUUAGCUCCGUAAGUCUAUUCCAAAACUUUUUACAAUCUAACAAGAUAAUUGAUGCAUAAAAUGAAAGCAAUAAUCAAUGUUCUGUACUAUAAAAUAAAUAAGACAGUAUUGUAGAUGAUAAAAAUUAAAAUUAUUUUUUUCUUGCCUGCACUGAUGAUAGUCAUUGUUUGGAGGGGGGGCUUUUAUCCAUUUCCACAGUCACACAAUCAAUCAAUCAAUCAAUCAAUCAUAAAAUGAAAAACAAGCCACAGUCGCAAAAACAAAAGCACCAAAUAUCACCCCAGAACACUGCAAUCAGAAACAGAAGGCUUUAAUUUUGGUAGGGGUGGGCCUUAAAUUAGCUGCUCAAUGAUGCAAACGGAAUGAAAAAAGCCUUUAUUACGAUGGGGGGCGGGGCUUAAAUUUGCUGUGCAAGGGUAAAACGGGAUGAAAAAAGCCUUAAUUACUAUGCGAAGGACUCAAAUUAGCUGCGCAACAGUGAAAACAGAAGCUCAGGAGCAUGUUCGGCUUCUGGGGCAAAGUUCAAAAACGUGAACACCUACUUCCGGGUUUGCAGCAUUUGAGUUCUGAGUUGUUCGGGAACUAAGCUGUUUGAAAACUGAGGUACCACUGUAUAUUGUCUAAACCUUGUUUUUAUUCAUACAAGAGGUGCUAAACAAGACACAGCAGCCCUGAAUGGUGCAUCUCAUCUAUUCUUCUCCUCACCCAAAAAGCCCUUCCUCCUCCCCAAGGCUACAAACUGUUCCUUAUACAUUUCAAUAAAUACACAAGGAGCAUUUCAAACUGCUUGCUAUUUAUCUAACAGGUUUAUAAACUGUUCUCAAGAAAGAAUUCUUCCAAAAACAGUUUUAAAAAUAUGCACCAAAACAUAAAGAAAAUAAAAAUUUUAAACUGUUUAAUUAACAUCCAUCUUUAAGAAUGCAAAGCCUAGAGACUUGGUGGGCAUUUUUUUUAUUAAGUCAUACAUUCUUUGAGAUUCCUGUGAAACAGAGAGUCUUAGGAUAUGGAAUCUGUUCCUCAAGACUCCUAAGUCUGCAGCUGAUGUGCAGGAAUAUUCCCUAUUCUCUGGUGACUCCAGCACUGCCCUCCAAAGAAACACUUGCCUGCAGCCAGGAUGUUCAUUAGGACCCUUAACUGCAGGUGAGCCACACCCUGUAAACAGCUGGCCUUUCGUUCUGAAGGAAAUGCUUCACUCAGCAUGGCAUGGCCUAGUUGUUUGCGAAAGGUAGUGACAACCACUCAGAACUGAGCGACUCAAUCCUUCUGCUUUUCCUCAUUCUCCUUUGGUAGGGUUGAUCCUGACAGCCCUUUGCAUAGUGAUCUUCAAGUCUUAAAAGAAAAAGAAGGUGUAGAAUAUAUUUUGCUCAACUUCUCUUUUAAGGUAAGAGGAAAAUAGUAUCCAGUGUGUGAAAAAAAUUUCAUUGGUAUGUAAAUCCAAAGCAAAUAGUUAACGAGAAUUAUGUUCUUUAAUUUUAUUGAGUCUCCUUUGAGUAGAACUUGGUUGGAUACAAUCCCAUAUUGCAAAUAAAAAUAAUUAAAAUAUAGGACUUCAGAAUGAUGUAUUUGCAACAGGGCAUCAAAUUUAGAAAGUUUUUGACUUUUGGAUUUACUUUUCUUGUUCUUAGGAUAACUUUCCCUUUGAUCCUCCAUUUGUGAGAGUGGUCUCUCCUGUGCUCACUGGCGGGUAGGUGUUGGUUUUUUUAACACAUACACACAAACAAACAAACAAACACAGUGUUUCGUAAGAAUGUGCGCGCGUGCGCACACACACACACACACAAAGUGUUUAUUAAGAAUAAAUCACAAAGCUGUUACAUUAACAUUUGGGGAGUUAUGUUUUAGCACAUGGUUCUGUGGCCACCUGAUGUUGCACUGGAAGUCUUAUGCAGUGCAGACAUCUGUCAUAGACAGCAGUGACCUAGGAGGUUUCCUAACUUGGCUCUACCAGGAUAAGUGUUCUUGUUAGAAUCAUAGCAUUGGAAGGGACCAUGAGGGUCAUCUAGUCUAACCCCACAACUGUGCACAUUCUUGGGCAGGAAGACAAGCAUGGUACAGCUGUUGCAGGUCACUGCAGCAGCUCCCUUGCCAUCCAUGUCUCUUGGUCCUAUGUACCCCAUGAGACAGCACCCCAACCUCCCCCUCAAAACACCCCUGUUUACAAGUCCUGGUCAUGAGCUCCCAAAGACUGCAAUCAGCUAACUAGAACUGUUGUUUUAAUGGAAUACUGUAUUUCCACCCUACAAAUGCAUUCAAGGCAGCUUACAAAUAUCCUGAAAUAGCAAUUGUACAGCAAUAUCAAAUCUAGAUAAUUUAAAACAGCAAUACCAAAAAAAGAACACCAGGAGCACCAGAAAAACUAAAGCCAGGCUGCCUAUGAGCAGUUAUUCAAUCAGGUGGCACUGAGGGCAACAAUAAAAGCCAUUUGGGAGGGAGUUUUACAGCUGGGAGUGCAACCCUAGGAAAGCCACUUACCUCUCUUCCAAGGGUGGGGUAAAACAUACAGGACCUCCAGUGACUGACUCUCCUGCCAGGCUGGUUCAUGUAGGAAAAAGCAACCCAUAAGGUACCCAGUUGGGACCAGGUUACUUUAAGUCACCUCACUUGCCUGCAAUGAGGAGAAGAAGAUGAGGCUGACUUACAUUAAUCUCUCUUUUAAAAUGUGUUGCUUAUACACCAGCCCUCUCCUGUCCAGAGUUUUAAUUAAUGUUCCCUUGCUGUGCUUGUGCCUUUUGAGAGGCUGGAGCGGGUGUUGAGCACAUUCUCCUUUUUUUGCAGCAGCCAUAGGCAGGGUGCAUUGGCUCAUACUGCUUGUGUAACAAGAGUUGUGCUAGAUCAGACCAAAGGCCUGUCUUGUCAAGCCUCUUUUUCCCCAGUGGCCAUGCAGUUGCUUCUGAAAAGCUUGCAAACCAAGACAUGAGGGCAGUGGCUUUCUCAUGCUGUUGGUAUUCUGAGGCAUCUAGGCAUCAUGAUUUGUAUUCAGAUUACCUUAGUCCCCUUCUAAAGGCAUAUUAGCUAGUAGCCAUCACCACAUUGUGCAGCAGCCAGUUCAAGAGCUGUAACUGUGGUUUGCGGUUUUGUCUAUCCUAACACUCCCCGCGGUUAGCUUCUUUGGAUGCUCCACCUUCUAGUGUUAGGUGAGAAAGUGGUGAACUUCUCUCUGUCCUGGGAGACCCCACACUCAAAUCCCCUGUAGCCUUGAAGCUCGUUGGGUGACACUCAUGCUGCAAACCCACAGGUGAAAUUGGCAGGAUAAAAUGGGUGGGGGCAGGGACAGGGAGAGACCAUGUUUGUGACACUGGUCUUUUUGUGGGGAGGUCAGCGUAAAGUAACAGACCGACCACUUGGCCGUCAGCGAAGCUGACAAGAAUUCACCCCUAUAAGGAUUGUGCCACUUCAUAAACCGAGGGCGGAGGGGAAUUGAGUUGCAAGCUCAUGCACUUCUACUGUGUCAAGCCCUGUGCCUUUGGAAAGCUAGCAUGUCCAUUAAUCUCCUUUGCAGAAGGAAUUUGCAUGGGGCGGCUGAGGGCAUGCAAACAUGAGAUCUCCAUACUUGCUUUCUCAAAUGGCACAGUGCCAGGAGCAGUGUUGGCCUUGAUAUUUCUUCAUCUUUAAUGGUGGGCUAGCUAAGGCCAUGGUACAGCCUGUACCAGUUCUGUAGUCUUUUUGUCACUGGAUCUCCGUUGCAAGUACUCAGUGUCAUAGAGCCUUGGGACUUUCCUUGUCCAGCAAGCUAUGCAUCUUUGCAUGAUUCCCCAUCCCCAUUUCAACAUCAUGGAGCUCUAGGAAUCAAAAGGAGCUGCCUUUGGGUCUUCUGCACCUUCCCACAGACUUGUUGGGAAUAGUAGAGGGAGGGCAGAGUUCCAGCUGAACUCUGUUGGCUGAGAAACUGUGUGAGGCCGACCUCUCCAAAGCCACCAGCUGAUAGGGGGAUGUGUGGGUGUGAGAAGAGCAGCAGUGGUUCCCACGGCUGUGUGAGAAGAGUUGCUAUCAAAGCAAAGCUCCGUGUUUGUUUGACAUUUAAAGGUUUUGGAGAAUGGUGGCACCAGACUUUAGUGAUGAUGCCCCUUUGCCCAAGGAAGGAAUCCAGCAAUUGGCUGGAAGAAUAAAACUUUAAGCCCCCAGUCUCUCGAUUGCUACUUUCAUACACAAGCUUGGCAGAAAUGGUUUGUUUUGCAUUGCUGUCCAUAUCAGUUCUGAUGCGCGUGCCAAGAGUUGACAGCUUUAUCGCUCAGGUGCACAAAUUCAGUUCCCACGCGUUGUGACCUGUCCCCGCUCCCGCCUUGUCUUGCCUCCUACUGGAAACCUUGGAUACUGUUCUGACUGCAGCAUGACUGUCAGUUGCCUGUAAGGACCACCUGGAGUUGGUUUUUGUCUUGCUUCCUUCCAACUUUGGUUCAUACCUCCCAGCCGGCUGACUCUGAGAGAAGGUUUGCCCCCUUCCCCCACAUUCACACAUGACACUGUGAACAUAAUGAGGCCAGUCGUCACUGCAGUUGCUAAAGCAGAGGCAUAAUGAUGGAUGUUUUGGUGACCAGUUUCUCUGGUCACAGAGAUGCCAAAGGCACAGCCGUGUCACUUGAAAAAAUUCAAGCAUGAUUUAAACUCUGACUUGGUUCAGAUGUAACAGGACAACAUGGCUUCCUGUUAUGUGAAUGAGCUGCAGUGACCCUCAGUCUCACAAUCCCACUGCCUCCUUUUUCUGUUGGGCUUCUAGGAGGAGAUCAGAAGCUUCUGCUUCCCCCUUUAAGUCUGAAACCAUGGUUUUGAGCCUGGACUGUCCCCCAUAUCCAGAGUUUAAACAAACCAGCUUUGCAAAAUCUGAUAUACAGUGGGACCUUGGGUUAAGAACUUAAUUCGUUCUGGAGGUCUGUUCUUAACCUGAAACUGUUCUUAACCUGAGGUACCACUUUAGCUAAUGAGGCCUCCCGCUGCUGCCACACUGCGAUUUCUGUUCUCAUCCUGAAGCAAAGUUCUUAAGACGAGGUACUAUUUCUGGGUUAGUGGAGUCUGUAACCUGAAGCACCUGUAACCUGAAGCGCCUGUAACCCGAGGUACCACUGUAAAGAGAAAUGGAGGUUUGCUUAAAAGUGGAACAGCUGCUUCUGAUACUUCAGCCACAAAAGAGGGGUCUUGGCAACCUGUACUUACCUUUCCUGUGAGUGGACUCCUCUUCAACAAUAUCCAGUUUUAAGCAAGCCUCCAUUUCUCUUUACAGUGGUACCUCGGGUUACAGAUGCUUCAGGUUACAGACUCCGCUAACCCAGAAAUAUUACCUUGGGUUAAGAACUUUGCUUCCAGAUUGCCAAUGAAAGAAGAAAUGUUUGUAUUCAUUUUAUGUUUCAGCUUAUGUCCUUAUUUAUGUUAAUAUUUUCUUACAUUAUCUGUUGUCAGUACUUAAUUGAAAGCCUCAAUAAACACACACACACAUUUUAAGGGGGACUAAGCUCUAAAUUUGUUCGCAUGAUGGGAAGCCAUGGUUUCCUCUUGCAUCUGAACUGGGCCAUCAUUUAGUAAAGUGGCUUUCCUUUGUGGGCUGUUUGCAUACAUUUUGUAACUGGUGGUAGUGGCCAGCUGGGGGAAGUGUUGAUCUGAUAGCACUUCCACUCUUGACUCUCUAACAUGUAUAACUUCAGAAUAAAUCAUGUGAGAGAUUAACCAAAGACGACUGUGCUAAUUUUCUACUCCAGUUGGAGGGAAGUGAACAAAGGUUAAAAGUGGUGAUUGUUUUUAAAUGUUUCCCUUGUUGUAUUUUCUAAGCCACUGACAAAGAGAACAGCAAAGUGUAACAGUAAUAAAAUGCACUAAAAUGAGGACUGGAUUGAUGUCAGAACAGUGAUAUCAAAACAGUGAGUGCGCAGUGAUUAUGCACAGUUGGCUAACUCUUUCAGUUACAUCAGGGCUGAUUAUAGAGCUGAUGCCAAAGGGGUUUAACAGCUGAUGCCAAAGGGGUUUAAAGCCAUGGAUUGAAUAGCUUGGAUGCCAGGGCCUGGCCCAAGGCAUUUUGGCACCUGAGGCAAACCACAAAAUGGCACCCUCCUCCCUGCCAGGGAAGAAGGGGAGAGGGAAGCUCUAUACUUGCCUCACCUGGUCUCACGGGUAGUCUGUUUCUGUUUGAUGCUUUGAGUUCACAUAGCUUCUCAUUUGUACAUUCACGAGCUUUUAUUGUUUUGUGUCCAGAAUAAUUCCAAUAGACCAAGCCAAUAAGGACAGCUUGACUUUGGCUCACCAAUAUUUAACCUUUUUAAUACUCCUUGUCUGAGCGUGCUGUCUAAAUGGCUGGCUCCCAUCUGAAUGACAUAAGCAGGCAAAACAGUGCUGGGAAGAUCCAGAUUGUACAACUCAGAAUAACCCUUCUGUUGAAUAUGAUUCUAGUACACAAAUGCUUGUCUCAUAAUUAAUAUGUUAGUCUUUCCAAGGUCUUACUGAAAAUCAUACUCUAAACUUGCUUUUCUGUCCUGCAGGUAUGUUCUCGGUGGAGGUGCAUUAUGCAUGGAGCUGCUUACUAAACAGGUACAUGCAGAAUCAAAAGUCUUGCUCCAGAUUUGUCUGCUCCUAUGGAAGUCCUCUGCAGCUGGUUGAACAGACCCCCAUUUCCAAAUUCUUAUAACAUCCAGCUGACUCAGAAUGGUAUCUUACAGGGCGACUAAAGCAGUUUCUGUGCCAAACUGGGCCUAUACCUUGAUUGAAAUGAAUCUAGAAAAUCAAUUACCUCCAAGAAUGCCUGAAUUGGGUCCACGACCACUCGCUCAAGAAUGGGAGAUUAGCACUGGCCAGUAGUUACUUAGAUUUUCUGAAUCAAGGGGUGGUUUCUUGAAGAGUGGUUUUACCACUGCCUCCCUCAAGCAGGCAGAGACCACCCUCUCUUACAAGGAGGCAUUAAUCACCAGCCAGCUGUCCCCUCCCUGCUAGUUUUUCUCAGCCAAGAGGGACAAGAGUCCACAAUGCCCUGACCGAUCCAAGCAUUUUGUCCACCCUCGAUGCCUUCUUUGCUGCCUUCACUGCUACUUAGGUAAGCUCAAUGAUGCAGCCAGAUCUUUCCUCCAGUUGUUUGAGCUGUCUCCCAACUUGUGUAAUCACCCUAAGCUCUGGAGGUUACCAGGGAGUCAAAUGGGCUCCACGAAGUGGGAGAGAGCAGUCAAGCUGAUCAUGUCAAUGGCCUGAGCCAUUCAUAUAUUCCCGAGAUUGCCCAGGGCUUCAACAGGAGCGCCAGUCAUAUCAGCUGCAAAAUCCCCCCAAGCCACCUGGAAACCCAUUGCAUCCAUCAGCCUCCGAGGACAGACCAUCCUCAUAGGUCCCCACCUCCGCAGAAGGGAAAGAAUGCUGAAAGCCUCAACAGGAAGCGACUGGACCAUGACAAGGGUCAAUACCCCCCCUUUCAGAGCACCCUGUUCCUGCCCAGUGGAAAAAACAACGUUCAGAGUGUGGCCUCCCACCUGCUUUGGCCUGGUGACACGUUGAGACAGUCCCCUGGUUAUCAUGGCAGCCAUGAAGUCCUGAGCCACCGCAGAGCCAGUCACCUUGGCAUGGGUCCCUCAGAACCAACCAUCUCAGAGUCCUCAACAUCAGCUCUGUCAGCUCAGGCAGGGAAACUGCUGAGCAGGAAGGGGGGCAGUAAACCAGCAGAAUCCCAAUUCUGUCCCUAUUGCCCAACGCCCGGAACACACAAUCUAGAUUCUGCCCCCCCCCCCCGGCAACUGGACAGUGAGAUAAUUUCUUUAUACCACAGCAGUUCCCCCUCCCUGACCCUCAAGUCUGGCCUGAUGGGGACAACUGGGUGAGACCACCCUGCUCACCCACCCAUGGGCUUCCUUAUCCACAACCGGAUAAUGCUUUGAGCUGCAUUCAUUCAUGCUGGCAUUCAGCAACAGCAGCUGCAGACCAGGCAGGCUGAUGUGACAAGCACAGUUCCUCAGGUUGGAGGAGGGGCUGGCGCACGACACAGUCACCAACUGCCUGCCAUUGUGCCCCUUACCCGGCCUGCCUUACCUCCUGCACCGUACCUCUCCCUACCCUGAACCAUUGUGAUUGGUUCUCCCCCGCUCCCCUUUUUCCAGGCACAUCCCAAUAACAGUCCUGAAUUUAAACACAAUUUAAAAUUGGUUAAAAACAAAUAAAAAUAAUUAAAACAAAAACAGUUUAAAAUACAAACUAAUCAAAACAAAGUAGCUGAAAACAAUUAGAAAGAUAGACCAGAACACUGGACUGUGUGUCACAGUAAAUCUUUCUUUCCAGCUAGAAGUAAUGAGAUCUGAAUAUGUUUUUAAUUUAUUAAACAAACUUUGUAAUUGUUAUGAAUUUUCAUGGCAUUUGGAGACAUGUGCUUACGAUUUUAUUUUUUGCCUUGCCAGGAAACUUUGACUUUUACUCUUCCUUGGUCCCCUGUAACGUACUCCUAUUUCAUAUUUUCUCCUCUUGUGGCAAAUAAUUGCCAUUUUCAAAAGUUAGAACAUCAACCCAAAUUAACCUGGUUUAGUGUAGAGAGGUCUGUUUGGGAUUGAAUGUUUUCUGCAAGACAAGCGGACAAAAUGCAAUCCUAUUCUGGAAUUUUCUUUUCUUUUUUUUUCCAGGGUUGGAGUAGUGCCUAUUCAACAGAAUCUGUCAUCAUGCAGAUCAAUGCCACAUUAGUCAAAGGAAAAGCCAGAGUACAAUUUGGAGCAAAUAAGGUAAAUACACGCCAGUAUUCUUUUUCUGCUGUUCAUGUAUUGUGGUAGAACAGCUAGUGUAAGAGCAGUCCUGGUGCCAAAUGUGUUGCUUUCCUUUCCUUUGGAAAGGCCAAGAGGGGGGUUGUGUCAUCUGGGCCCAGAGAGGUCACUUUCGUGCCUCCAACGCAGCAAGAACAACAUGGGAGGCUGUGCCUAUGAAUUAAGCUCAGCCUGACUGGCACUUUUUUUCAAAGCUGGAAAAGCGCUAACUAGGCUUGGGGAGGGAGGUGGGGAGCCUCAAGGACCCGGCCAGAGUCCUCCUGCCUCCUUCUCAAUGCCACUGCUGCCCCAGGAGCUGCUUCUUGCUCCCUGCCGUGCCUGGGGCAACCAAAAAAGGCUACCCUGGUAUGAAUGUGUGUGACCCACAGUAAAUGAUCAAAACAGGCACUCAGUUGGCAAUAUUUUCUUGGCUAGUUGACUGCAACCCCAUACCUGUGAAAUAAUGUAAUGUGUGCUGAAGAAUGGUUGUUGGGCUUUGGCGGUUUUUAGAUGGGGCUUAUUGCAGAAGAGGCAACCCCUGUUCAGGGAACUUAACCAUUCCAAGCAACGUUUAUGUCCCCCAGGAUCCCACCAGUUGGGAAGUCGGGGAAGAAAAACACUUUAAACAGACUGUGGGGAGAGCCUGUCACCAGCAGCGUAAAAACUAACCAGCAUGCAUCCAGGCUGAGUCAGAACUCCUCUGUCAUGGUUGGGAUAUGUACUUCUUCCAUUCAUCUCUUUCUUUCAGAACCAAUAUAACCUAGCAAGAGCACAGCAAUCCUAUAAAUCUCUAGUACAGUUACAUGAGAAAAAUGGUAUGUAUGGUAUGUAUGCAUGCUAUGGUAAAACACAUAGUUGUGUAAGUAUAACGUCAGAGGAGAGAAGCCACUCUGCUCCCCAUAUGCAUGUUUUUCGCAGGCAUCCAGAGCUGCGCAUAGUCUGGUUCUGUAAACAGUGUAAUAGUGUGUUGGGAAGUUGGUCAUAACUUAACUCCUACUUCCCUGAUACAUAAAUAUAAUUGCAACCCCCACCAAGGUUUAAUCUGAAAAUUAGAUCAGCUAAUUGAUCUCAGUAGACUGGUAGGGCAGCAAUUUAAGGUCACACUUUUUGGGGAGGUCUAGUGAAUUAAAGAAGUGGGGGAAAGAAGUUAAAAUUUACCUUUCUAAUAAUGAAUUGUAGUUUUGAUUUGGUUUCAUUGUAGAUCCUAUCAGGCCUGGUGCUAGUGGUUGACAGUUGUCCCAGGGCCCCUCACGCUGGCCCAACCCAGCUGUGCCACCCUACCACUCUCCUUGCCAGGCUCCCGGACAGCCAUUUCAGUAUUGAGCAGGCCGUGGUACCACUUCUCUGUUCCCAUCUGUGACAGCCAGCUGCCAUUUAGCUUCUCCAAAGUGCAAUGCAAAGUGCAAUGCCCAGCAGACCCACACUGGGGGGAGCUGGAGGCCCAUCAGUGGCACCGUACUGAGAGCCCCCUUAAGACUGGUCCUGGUCCUGGUAUUAGAUACUGGUAAUAUAAAGGUAGGGGACACAGGUGGCACUGUGGUCUAAACCACUGAGCCUAGGGCUUACUGAUCAGAAGGUCGGCGGUUCAAAUCCCCAUGACGGGGUGAGCUCCCGUUGCUCGGUCUCUGCUCCUGCCCACCUAGCAGUUCGAAAGCACGUCAAAGUGCAAGUAGGUAAAGAGGUACCACUCUGGUGGGAAGGUAAACAGCAUUUCCAUGCACUGCUCUGGUUUCGCCAGAAGCGGCUUAGUCAUGCUGGUCACAUGACCCGGAAAAACUGUGGACAAAUGCUGCCUCCCUCAGCCUAUAGAGCGAGAUGAGCGCCACAACCCCAGUCGUUUGCGACUGGACCUAACAGUCAGGGGUACCUUUACCUUUUAAUAUUAAGGUGGGUUGAUAAUUCUUUGCUUGCAUGUUUGAUCAUUAGGACAGUCCGUCAAGUAAGUUGUUUCCAAAUGUUGCUGGUUUUUGCAUAAUAUCUUCCAGUUGCAGAACUGGAUUCCUAAGCACCGAGUUAUUUAUAUGUAGACUGAAACACAUUAAACAACUCAUGUUGUCUUAUGUGGAUGCUCAGAACACCUGUCUGCACUGGUGCUUCAACCAAGUAUCAUGGUAUAUUAUAUAGUUAGUAAGCACGUGUGCAAUUACAAAAUGGGUGUUGCCACCACUGCUGCACAUUUGUUAAUGCCAAAUCUUUUUUUAUAUAUACUUCCUGCAGGCUGGUUCACACCUCCUAAAGAAGAUGGUUAACAUUGUGGACUUUUCAUACACUUGGACCAAUGUCAGUAAAAGAUUUUCCUUCCAACACAGAUUCAACUAUGAAUGCCCCCAUAACAGCCAUACUGAAGAUUCUAGCUCAUAGAUAACUAGUGGAUAAUCUGUUGACUGACACAUCCAGGAUAAGCUACAGCUGUACAAUUCUGCUCUUCUGUCAAGUAUCUUCAACUGAACAGUUUUAAAACUUUAUUGUCCCCAUGAAUUAAGCAUACCAAUCCCCACUCCAUUUAGAGUGUGAAUCCUUCAAACUGGGCUCUUGGGGUUUACUAAAAUACCAGUCAUUAAGAUCUCCCCCCUUUUGUAUGCACUUAUUUGUUUUUCCAAACUGCAGACAACUGCAAUAUAUUUUAUUUAAAGCCAACCAAGUUGAAUAAAGUUAGUUUAAUAAUAUGUUACAACGUUUUUAGGUCUCAUUAAAUCAGACUCCUUCCUCCUCCCCUUGGUCUAAAACUGAGAGCAUUCAUAGUAUUGCCAAAUUUGAUGAUGAUAGGAGAACCGUAAUGUUAAAUCGUUAAAACUUUCCUUCUUCUUUCAUGGCUGUAUUGAGGAUAUGAGCUGUUUCUGGGCAGAGAUGCCCUUGAGGUGCCCUGCUGCUUCAGCAGAGCCAGGCUGUGCCAAGAGAACUUUGUGACUAGUCAUAUCCACUGGGGCAUCGGUUUUUUGCUGGGCUACUUUGCUACUUGUUGGCUCUUGUUGGCUCCUUUGAAAGGAGGAGCCAUAGAUAUAAAGCUUGAAGUUAUUUAAAAUACUAUAAACCUUCUUAGGCAUUCGAUUCUAUUAACGGGUUGUUGCAAUCAUUUGUAGAGUAAUGAACUUUAAAAAGCAAUUGGCAGAAAUCAAGAAGACACUCCUUUGAAAAUGUUUUUUUAAACAAAAGCAACAGUAACAAGUCCCAGGGAUCACUUGAUUCAGAGUUUUUUUAAGAAGGUUGCUAUAGUUGUGACCAUGGUUUCGUAGAAAAACUAAUGGGGAACUGCUCUUCCAUUUAGGAAAUGAAUCUGGAUCUGUAGCUGCUGUGGGUCGGGAACUGCUAUAACAUUGCCUUACCUUUUUUAAAAAAAUCAGGUGUGAUUUUUAUUUUUUGGUAGCUGAAAAUGACUAGACCUUUUUGUUCACAGGAAAUAAGGGUAUAAGCACUUUUUUGGAGGGAGGGGGGUCUCCAGAAAUGUCUCUGCCCCUCAGCCCUCCUUCUUGACCUUGGAGAAAAAAAUCCUAAAUUUGUGCUUUUUUGUGCCCAGGCAUUUGGUCACAUAUGCUGUUUUUGUUUGGAUUUUUUUAGCUUGGAGGAUUGGAUUAGAAGGAUUUGGCCUGGUCAAAGACUGUUUCAUGCAGUCUUUUAGGGAGUGGAUGACUUCCAGCUUCCCUGCUUGUUUGAUUGUACAUAUUAUUCCAGUGAAAUCCUGUUAGCAGCCAUAAGGCAGAGGCCGAAUUCUGUAAGCAUUUCUGCAGCUCCUUUUCAAACCUGAGGCUAAAACUUUGAAUACAUUAUUGAAUUCUUUAGUAUUCUAAUGGACAAGCAGAAUGACAGGUGCACACUUGGCUUGCUUUUUAUUGUUUCUGAGUUUCAUUUUUCAUUGCAGAAUUAUUUAGCAGUGUACGGUAAUCUGUAAACUUGCAUCAAGUUUAUGAAUAAAGAACCAUUUUAAGAA